AUUCUGCAAGUAAUAUCAGAUGAAAUCCCUAGCAUGGGUUGAAUAAUAGAGUGAAACUGAUUCAAAAAAAAAGUAUUUUGACUCAAAAAAAAGAAGGCCUACUCGAAGUCUCGAACAGUCCAUGCAUUUAGUAAUUUUUUGGUACGUGCACACUCCACGCGCCGUUGCAAUCGAUCGCACGCGCACCAUCUUCCUCCACUCCGGCGCGGAUGACAAAACUAAGCGUCCAUGCACGCGCCCGCAUGUCGCGCGCCACCGCUGUCAAAUUAAGAUCUCGACGCCAAAGAUAGCCACCGCCUCCGCCUGCCUGUAUAACCGCAUCACCGUCUCGGCCUUCCUACGUCAAAAGUUCGCCGCGGUGGCGCUACCUACACACCUACCCUGCAUGCCAACGAGCAAGAGCGCAGCAACGCGACAUGGCCCGCGCUCCCGCCCCCGCCGGAUGUAUCCUCAUCGUUGCCGCCGUGCUCGCGGUGGCGGCCUGCCCCGUACGCGCGGCGGCCCCGCCGGCUGCCUUUCCGGAGAAGUCUAAGGCCACGUCGUUGCCGGCCGCCGCGCUGGCGAAGGCGCACGGCGCGGCGGUCCGGGUGGUGAACACCCUCGAGGCUGGCGUGUCCGGGACCCUUGGGAUGCUCAGGAGCACUCUGGGCGGACACGGCAAGGGUAAGGCCUCCGCUGUCGCCGGUGCCCCGGGGGGAGGCGCGCCCGCCAUGGCCCCAGCUGCCGCAGGCGGCCGGCGGCAUGGCCCGCCGACCAUGGCCCCUGCCGCUAGCGCCCCUGAACACGGCGCGCAUGCCAGGAGCCCUGCCGCUGGCGCCCCGGAGCAUGGCUCGGCGGCCAUGGGCCCUGCCGCCAGCUCCCCGGGGCAUGGCUCAGCAGCCAUGGGCCCUGCCUCCGGCGCUCCGAAGUCCGCCAUGGGCCCUGCCUCCGGCGCUCUGAGGUCCGCCAUGAGCCCUGCCUCCGGCGCUCCGAGGUCCGCCAUGGGCCCUGCCUCCGGCGCUCCGAGGUCCGCCAUGGGCCCUGCCUCCGGCGCUCCAAGGUCCGCCAUGGGCCCUGCCUCCGGAGCUCCGAGGUCCGCCAUGGGCCCUGCCUCCGGCGCUCCGAGGUCCGCCAUGGGCCCUGCCUCCCGCGCUCCGAGGUCCGCCAUGGGCCCUGCCUCCCGCGCUCCGAGGUCCGCCAUGGGCCCUGCCUCCGGCGCUCCGAGGUCUGCCAUGGGCAUGGGCCCCGCCGCGGAAUCUCCGGGGCACAAAGCUUUCACCAUGGAAAUAGGCGGCGUCUCCGGUCCAGCGGGCGCCCCCGACGCCAAGGGGUCCAGCGAAGAAGCCGCCUUCCCGCCCGACACGCCCAUUGCCAGCGAGGCCCCCGUGGCCAAGGUCACCAGUUCGGCGGACGAAAGCUCGACGGCGACCGAAGACACCCCCGCCGCCGCCGAGGGGGAGGGGCCCGCGGCGGAGGCUCCUGGUCCCGACUCCGAGGCGGCCGACCACGCUGGCGGAGCGAGCGUCGUCAAGUCCAGCGGCCUCGGGCCCGUCGUUGCGUUCUUGACCGCCGUCGUGUGCGUCGUGGGUGCUCUCUAAGACGGCCGCACGACGAGGCGCCGCGCACCCUAGGCCGGCUCACGCUGGCGCUCGAACUCUGGAGGGCAAUGCAUGCAUGCACUGGUGCACGACAACGUCGACAAGUGCCGUGCUAAACAUGCAUGAGGAUGAACUUGGGGAAGACUGGAGGAGCACACAAAAAGAAAAGAUGUGGUCACUUAACAAUCGUACUUCGAGCUUGGAUGUGUAGAUCCAUUAGCAUUCUUGAAUAGUUUUGAUUAAUUAUGUUGUGUUAUCGUUUCAAGUAAGAGGUGCAGGUCCUAUGCAAAUAGGUGUAUGUGUAUGUUUUUCCAGUGAUCGGAUAGAAAAUGCAGAAGACGCUGAGAGCGUGAACUGUUUAAAA